AUGAGUGCCCGCGAGCUCCGAGCUCUUCCUGACCCUCUCCCAGCAGCCCUUGUUGGAGCAUCGUCGGUCCUCUUGACCCAAGUCCCGGACAUCAUGAGUGAGAAGACUGUGACUACCCCAGGAGGCAUCCCAGCUGCUGAUUUCAUCGAAAAUGUUGACAACCAUCUCGAGAGCACCAAGUCCAACCACGAGCAAGCGCUGGCCAAACUGCAGGACCUGUACAGCAAGUACAAGUUCAUUGAAUCUCGACUUUCACAGAGCAAAGCAAAUUUGAAAGGAAAGAUCCCCGAGAUCAAGAAGACGCUCGAAGCUCUCAAGUUCCUUAAGACCAAGUCGACUGGCGAUGAAGAAUGCCUCACCGACUUCGAACUCUCUCCCACCAUUCUGGCAAAAGCCAAGCUGAAGAAGACAGACACUGUCUGUCUCUGGCUCGGAGCCAACGUGAUGAUGGAGUUUAGCUUUGAUGAAGCUGAGAAUCUGCUGAGCGGCAACCUCGGGACAGCCUCCACCAACCUCGAGCGGAUCCAAGAGCAGCUGCUGUUUCUGCGCGAUCAGAUCACGACGACCGAGGUGAACAUGGCGCGGGUGUACAACCACGAGGUGAGGCUGAGAAAGAGCGGAAAGUUGCCGGCCAAGGCAGAAUAG